UCACUUCACCCGGAAGUAAUGGAGAAUCAUUUCGAAGGUUACAUAAGCGUGAAUAGUUGUUGUUAUUUCAUAGCUAACGUUUUAUUAUAUAUAUAUUUAAUAUAUCCAUGCUGUGGACGUAUAGUGCUUAUGUUUAGUUAACAACCUGACGUUGAAGUUGGUCUUUCAGAAUAAUGCAAACUUUGAAAGGAGUCAGACACUUGAUGACAUCAGCUACCAUGAAACAAGCAGUAAUUGCCCUUCAGUGACAGAGUUCAAUAUGCCAGUGCCGUGGGGAGAGAUAAGGGGCAAGGUCUGGGGUCCUGACCAUGGUCGACCAAUACUCUGCCUGCACGGCUGGGCAGACAACUGUGGCACUUUCAACACUCUCAUUCCACUCCUGCCAAAAGAGUGGAAGUGUGUAGCUGUGGAUAUGGCUGGCCAUGGCCUCUCCUCCCAUAGACCUCCUGGAGUCUUCUACAGCUUUCCUGCUUAUGUGGCUGACAUACGGCGAGUCAUUGGAGCUCUCCAAUGGAAGAGAUUCUCUAUUAUCGGACACAGUAUGGGUGGCAAUGUAGCUGGAAUGUUCAGUGCAUUGUAUCCAGAGAUGGUGGAUUCAGUGGUUCUCCUGGACUCCUAUGGAUUCUUACCCACAGACGCAAAGGAAUUGCAUACGGUGAUAAGACAGGGAUUUGAAGGAAUGCUUGAGUUUGAGAAGAAGAAAGAUGAGAAGAAAGAGAAGGUUUACACCUAUGAGAACGCAUUGAUGAGGCUUUUGGCAGCAAACCCCUCUCUCUUGGAGCAGUCAGCCCACAUUCUUCUAGAACGAGGACUCGCUCAGGUUGAAGGAGGGGUGGUGUUCACCCGAGACAUUAGAAUCAAUCUGAAAAAUGUUGUGCGUGUCAGUCUGGAGCAGAGUCUGGAGUUGCAGUCCAGGAUACAGGCCAGAGUUCUAGUAGUGCUGGCGGAGGAGGGGUUUGAGAAGAUGUUUUCUGAACCACAACAGAAGACAUUUACCUCAACGCUACUUCUAGGGUAUAAAGACCAAAGCGGCAUGGUGGUUAACGUACCUGGUGAUCAUCAUGUCCACCUGAACACCCCUGAGACUGUGGCUCAACUCGUCACUGACUUCCUCCAGAAAGAAGCUCCUUCACACAGCACUGCAGAGGAUACACAGGCAGCCAAGUUAUAAUCCCACGCCCCUCCCCCACUGUGUUAGUUAGUGUUUACAACUCUCAGAUACAUGCAGUGUGCCUGUAGCCUUCCGGGUGCCAUCCAUCCAUUCAUAACAUGAGCAGUAUUAAAGGUAGACUCAGCGACAUGGCGUAGAUGCAGAAAGUAAAUAGCAUAGUGGGUACAUUUCCACAACAAUUCCUGGUGAACCAGUGAGCUGGACUGUGUGAGAGCAAAGUCUUGUAUCUCACUCAUCUCAAUAUCUGCAGUGCUGCCCGUGUCAACGUCAUUCUGCUGAAUCUACGCAUAAUAUGAGACUGGAUCAGUUUACAAACCUGUAGACGCAGAAUAAAUUGCUACUACUAAACAGA